GCGGAAAACAAUUACUCCAAUGGGGAAACGACUGCGACGAGCCAAGGCAAUCUGCCCCUGCCUCUCUCCUCGACACACCUUCCUCACUCCUCACUCCACUUUCUCCUGGUAUGAAGAUGAUCUAUGGACUGAAAUUGCCAAGUACUUGGACGGUAAAUCUCUGGUGAAGCUCGCAUCAACAUGCAGGUGGUUUAACCAAGUAAUGAUGGAGGAAAGCAUAUGGAAGUUUGCUUGUUUGCGAGAUCUCCAGGUCCCCUAUCCUCAAGUUGUGGCUUCCAAAUGGAUCCAACUCUAUGCUUCAGCAUUCAAUGGAAGUCACUCUUACAUGUUCCGUCAGCCAGAGAAACAUAUUGAUUGGAUGCGAAUCGGAGCAUUUUUCUUUGAUUCGCCAGUAGCAUUUCUGACGGAGAAGCUGAUCCUUCCUGUGAGAAAAUCACAAGAAGAAACCACAGAGAAAAUGUUGCAGUCAAGCGGCUCUUGCAAGUUAAACAACAUUAAAACCGGAAUCUGGAUAGCCGAUUUACAGCUAGUUCGAUGCCCUGUCUGUGACCUCAACACCUGUGAUGGAACAAUGCAGACACUGGACGCAAGGCAUAUAGAGCUGUUCUUGAGCAUGGGAUACCAGGAUGGGAGUUGGGAAUACGAGGUGUUAGGAUCUUAUGAUAUCAAAAAGCAUGCCGAUGGAGCUUCUGGUGGCAUUUUUGACGUCAAACAUAUUAGGGAUCCAUCAACGUCUGAGGUAUUUGAUCUCAAAUCAUGGGUGGGCAAAACAUAUGACUGGCAGCCGAAAGCUAUCGUAACACUUCAUGGAGUAGCAGUCAACACCAAUUUGCAAGAAAAUGAAGGACUCCAGAUAAAAUACCAUGCCAUGAGAGCUGGAACUGAUGGAGAAGUCGUUGCAAUUCGGAUCUCUCAGCAGCUCCUGUAAUUCUGCUCAAAAUCUACCCUCACUAUUGUGUGCGUCACUGUGCGUGUGUGCAGUACAUUGGAAUUUUCUUCCACAUCAUUUCUACUGAAUUUUUCUGUUCAGAU